AUGUACCGCGCAGCCUACACGCCUCUGCACCAGCGUCGCUCGCUAAAUAUGGCAUGUGGCCCUGCGCUGAAGCCCUCCUGCACUAUGGGACAGCGUGUGUGGAUCUUUCUGGCCAUGACGCAUCUGACCUUUGACCUGUCCCUGUGCGCUGUCCUCAGUCCGGAGCAGCUCAGACUGACCCCUCCCCCUACGCCUCGACCACGCCCCCGAGACACGCCCACUCUGCUUCACUGGAGAACUGUCAGCCCAUUGGCCCGCCGCACCUUAAGCCCCGCCCCUCUGGCCCAGGACCUCAGGGCUCAUGUGGGGAGGGGCUUUGAGAGGCGGAGGCGGGCCACACAUAAAGGCCUGUGUAAAGAGUGCUCCGCCCCCAGCGAGGUGCUCCGCCUCCUUCUGAGGGCCCGCAGGCAGCUUAAGUGGGACAGUUACUCUCAGGAGGGCCGCACCACCACCGUGUCUGACUUCAUCGACUGGGGGCCCACGGGCACUGAUGAGGGGCCCGACGAGAGGAACUUUACCCAGUCCACCAGUGUGUCCCCGCCCACGCUGCCCCCUACCACAAGCAGCACCCACCCACACAGGACUGUGACUGUGGGCACCCAGGAGCCCAAACGCCACACCACCACCUGGGCCCCAGCCACUGGAGAGACGGUCAAACCAUCAAAGCCAUACGGGAACACUCCAGGUUUGGCAGUUCACCAGAUCAUCACCAUCACUGUGUCUCUCAUCAUGGUCAUCGCAGCCUUGAUCACUACUCUGGUCCUUAAGAACUGCUGUGCGCAGUCCGGAAACAGCCGUCACAAUAGCCAUCAGCGUAAGAUCCACCAGCAGGAGGAGAGCUGCCAAAACCUGACGGACUUCACGCCCGCCCGAGUGCCCAGUAAAGUGGACAUCUUCACUGCCUACGACAGCCUGCAGUGCUCCCAUGAGUGCCUGCGCGGGGGAGUGCCCAUCUACACCGACGAGAUGAUACAGCAGACGCCCGUCUACAAGAGCGCCUACAAUGGGAGCCGGCCCUCUCCGACCGAACGGCAGCUUAUCCCCGUGGCCUUCGUCUCAGAGAAGUGGUUUGAGAUCUCGUGCUGA